AGCUCUAGUUGGUAUGAUGAUGUACAACCCUGAAACCAAUGAAAUAGCCAAACCCUCAGAGCUAUUAAACGGUGUACGAGCCUAUAUGAAUGUAUUACAGAGUAUUGAAAACUAUGUACAUGUAGAUAUGGCUCGAGUGUUUAACAACGUUCUUCCACAACAAACUCAACCCACAGACAGUACUGGUGAAAAAACUAUUACAGCUAACUACACCAACUGGUAUUUAGAAGUAUUGUUAAGAAGAGUAACGUGUAAUGCUGGUCAUAUUGUCUAUUCACCCAGUCAGAAAGCUUUCGUUAGUAUUGAUCAUAGCGAGGGACAGUUCUUCGCUGCUGAGGAAUUCGCUGAUUUGACAGAAUUACGAGCUCUAAGUGAACUGAUCGGUCCGUAUGGAGUGAAGUAUAUGGGAGAGAGAUUAGUAUUAAAUAUUGCUAGUCAAGUUGAUGAACUCAAG